AUGCAAAAUUUUGACAACCAAAUAUAUUAUCAACAAGUUAGACUAAAUCUAUAUGAACACAUUUCACAUCAAGUUCAAAAUGAUACUAUGAAAAGAUUGAUGAAAAAUGAUAUAAUCAAAAUAAUUUUUCGACGGUAUAAUUCCUCACUAACAAAAUUACAAACUUCAGCCAUUAGACCUAAUGAUUUAACUAAUUUUGGUGAUUCAAUAUUUGAUAUUGCAAAAGAGUUAACAAACCUAACUAAGAAGUCAGAAUCUUUGAGAUCAAACUUUACUCAAGCUAUUAUUAAUAAGAACACUAAUUACGUUCUGGGAGUUUUGUCAGAAUUAAAGAAUGAAACCACGGAAACUGUGAGUACAGAAGAACGUUUGAAUUACUUACAAAUUACUAUAAAUUUUUAUAUUCAAACUGGAGUGGAGUCUUUACUGAAACUUAAUCAUGUGGUCCAAGAAUAUGCUUCUAUGAUACAGACCCUCAGCAAGAAGAACGACGUUUUUUUUGAUUUGCAACCACAUGUGAGAACUUUGCUUGAGGGUAUAUUAAAAAUACAUGAUGACUCAGAUUCAUUAAUUAUAAAAUCGGCAAUGAAACUGCUUUUCAAACAAAUUACUGAUGAGUAUAAAGUUAAUUUACAGGUUUUGAAGAAUCUGUUGCCGAUCAGUUUGCAACAAAUUUUAGGGGAAUUGUAUCAACUUGAAACACCUUCAUCAAGAGAAAUAGUUACAUCAUAUUUAACUGCUUCCAUAGAACCAUACUUGAAUGAAUUUGGUAGUCUAUCUUUUAGGGAAGCUUGUUCAUACAUACUGAAAAACAAGUUUGAAUGGAACAACAAAGUAAUAAGUGAACCCUUGUUUGAAUUUUAUGACACAUUACCAGAAAUUGAGAAGCAACAAUUCUUGGAAGCAUAUUUGGCUUUCAAUCAAAUAAAGCAAACUAAUUUGGAGUCCAACCUCAGUAAAUUGCAACCUAAGUCCGACAUCAAUCCUCAAAAUCUUCAAGCUUCAUUUAUUUCAAGUCAACAUGAGUUGGUAAUUAAAUGGGUGGAUGAAAGUACAAAAUAUUUGAGUGAUUUAAUAAGCUUUGAUACCCCAAUUACUGACGAGGAAAAAAUACUUAGUAACUUCAAGCCUUUGAUGGAGACGUUCACAAUUCAAUCAUUAGUAACUUUGGUAGUUCAUUUAUUCAUCGGUCAGUCUAUUCAAGAGGAAAUAGCUAUUGCUGAUGUUUUGAGUAGGCUAAGAUUUUAUUAUAAUAAGAACAUUAGGUCCAUCAAAUCCCAAAAUUAUAAAUCUCAGUUAUUGGAACUCAUGUCUGAAAAUUCUUUUGAUAAAUUUUCAAAUAUUUUGAUUGACUCAGUUCUAAGAAAUUGUGAAAUUGAUGGUCACGAGGUUAUUGAUACGACUUUUAAAGUGAAUGAUUCUUCAAGUUCUAAUCAUCAGUUAGCAUUUAUUUUAGCAACGACAUUUUCCAAGAAUAAGAAGAAAUUAGUCAUACGGGUUAAUCCAAUCAUACAAAAAUUGAUGAGUUCAAUAUCACAUACCAUUAAUGAUUUCACUCAUCAUUUCCCACUUUUACAUCCACCCUCUCCUUGGCUAGGCACCAGAAAGGGAGCAUUCUUAGAUACAGAAACACGAUUCGUUAGUGGUAAUGAUAGUCUACAUAAGUCAAUCUUAACAAAAUUGUAUUACCAGGGUAAAUUAGAUAGUGGAUUAAGAUGCUUAGAUCAAAUGGGUCAGACAGCUUGGUGUAUCAAUCCAGAUAUGUUGAAUUUUUUCAAUCAGAUCAUGAAAUCACCUCAAGGUUUUUUGGAUAUACCUCCCAAAGAAAUUCAUGAAAAAGAUAGGAAAAAAUCUAUUGAAUUGAAAAGUUUAAGACUCAAUUAUGAAAUGAUAAAUCAAUUAGCUAAUGCAUUUGGUACAAAUGGAGAUAUUUUAUAUCAUGUAUAUAUGUUUGAUUUUAGAGGUAGAGUUUAUGCAUUAUCACCUUUAAGUCAUUAUGGAGGAGAUUUAACUAGGUCGUUAUUCACUUUCUGGUUUAGUCAACCACUUGGUGAUAACGGAUUUUAUUGGAUUAAAUAUCAAUUAGUUGCAAUGUUUGGAAAUGGUUAUCAAAGUGAGGAUUGUGAACAGUUUUUUGAGAAGUACAAAGACCAAAUACUAGAUUCAGCAAAUGAUUCACUUACUAAUAAAUGGUGGAUGAGAGCUGAUGAACCAUUUUCAACUUUGUCAUUGUGUUAUGAAAUUAGAAAAAUAUUAGAUUAUCAAGCAAAUGGUGGAGUAAUUGAGAAUUAUUUAUGUAGAGUACCUAUUCAUCAAGACGGUUCAUGUAACGGAUUGCAACAUUAUGCUGCGUUGGCUGCUGAUGAAGAUGGUGGGAAAGCAGUUAAUUUAUUACCUGAAGAAACAAAACAGGAUGUUUAUUCCACAAUCAGAGAUAUAGUCGAGAAAAAAGUAAAAGAUGAUAUUGCACAAGGAGUACUUGAGGAAAAAAAGCUUGAUGAUGCAAAGUUAUUCCUAAAAAUUUUGGAUAGAAAGCUUGUAAAAAGACCAGUUAUGACAACAGUGUAUGGAGUUACUUUAAAUGGAGCAAGUAAGCAAAUAUUAGAAAACAUUAAUAAUAUCGUUUCGGAUCAUUAUGAAAAUCCAAGUAAAAGAAAAUAUAAUCAAGAUACUAUAAAUCAGUUAAAAAAUUUUAGAUUAACGACUACGAAUUAUUUGGCUGAAAAGGUUUUGAACUCAAUUGAUGAAUUAUUUUACAAUGCAAAAAAUUUAGAGGACUGGUUAGUUUUAAAUAUUCGAAGAAUAUUAACAAGUUAUAAUUUAAGAACACUUAAUUAUUUGGAAUUGAAACAACUGAAAUCAAUGACAGAUUUGAAAAAUUUAAAUAAUUGGUAUAAAACUCCUAUAAAUUUUGAACCAAUAAAUUGGAUAUCUCCAGCUGGGUUUCCCGUUAUACAAAUUUAUAGAAAUUUACCAAAACAAAUAAUAAAAGGUGUACUUGGAUCAAUAAUGAAGUAUAAGACCUCAGAAUUAACAUCAAUGGAUAGAAGAAAACAUGAACUAGCUAUUGCUCCAAAUUUUAUACAUUCAUUGGAUGCAAGUCAUAUGUUUUUAACAUGUAAUGAAUGUUUUAAUCAAGGUAUUACUUUUACAUCAAUUCAUGAUUCUUAUUGGACUUAUCCUGAUCAAGUUGAACAAUUAUCUACAAUUUUGAGAGAAAAAUUUAUUGAACUACAUUCUUUUGAUUAUAUGAAUACUGUUAAACUGGGAUUUGAGAAACAAAUGAUGAAUUCGUUUCAAUUAUGUUAUUUUGAAAAAGAUGAAAAUUUAGAAUUAUUUGAAUUUUUGAAAAAAAGAAGAUCAAAUUAUAAUGAACGAAAAAUUAAUGAUCAAUUAAACAUAGAAUUAAAAGAGUUGACUUUGGAAAGAGAAAAUCACGAAAUUUUGAAAAUGGUAAAGAAAAAUAAUCCAAAGUUGUUUCACAUUGUUGGUUCUAAAGUCUUUAAAUAUGAUACAAAUUUAUCUACCUCACAAACUGAAAUCAUACCAAAACCAAAACAUUUGGUACCAGUAUUAGUACCUGUUCAAAUUUUAGAUUUACCAAAGAAAGGUAAUUUAGAUAUCAAUCAAGUUAAGAAAAGUAAAUAUUUUUUUUCAUAA